UGUUUUUCUUUCAAAGCCAGCCAACCAGUUUACGGGCUCAAACACAAACAACUGUGCCGGACUUUUCAUUCAAAACAUUAGCGAGUAAUUCCAGAAGGUAAUAUUAUUUACGUUGGGAUUUACUGAACAAAAUCCGCCGUUUUGUUUUAAAAUAGGACUGAAACAGAAUCGCUUGGGGGAAAAGCACAGAUAAGUUGCUGUCUCUCGUGUAAAGAUAUGGCGACUGCAACACCGAAAAGCGCUGCCGCCGAAUCCGGCCGGGCGGCUGCUGCUUCGACGCCGUUCUCCCCGACCCGCAUCUCCCGCUUACAGGAGAAAGAGGAACUGCGGCACCUGAAUGACAGACUGGCCGUGUAUAUCGACCGCGUCCGGUCUUUGGAGCUGGAGAACGACAGGCUGUCGCUGAAGGUCUCGGAGAAGGAGGAGAUCACGACAAGAGAGGUGACUGGGAUUAAAUCUCUGUAUGAGGCAGAACUGGCGGAUGCCAGACGUGUCCUUGAUGAGACUGCGAGAGAGAGAGCAAAACUCCAGAUCAAUCUGGGCAAGGUCAGCUCGGAGCUGGAGGAGGCCACGAAGAACUAUAAGAAGAGGGAUGGUGACCUGGCUUUGGCUCAGGCUCGUAUGAAGGAGCUGGAGUCUCAGUAUAAUCAGAGUGAAGCGUCACUCAAUACAGCUCUCAGUGAGAAAGCAGCACUCUCUGCAGAGGUUGCUGACCUGAAGAACCAGCUUGCUAAGGCUGAGGAUGCGCAUGCUGUGGCUAAGAAGCAGCUGGAGGCCGAGACACUGAUGCGAGUGGAUGUGGAAAACCGCUGCCAAAGCGUGAUUGAGGAACUUGAGUUUAGGAAGAGCAUGUUUGAGGAGGAGGUGCGUGGGACGAAGAAGCGCCAUGAUAAGCGAUUGGUGGAGGUGGACACUGGAGCCAAGCAGGAGUAUGAAUGCAAACUGGCCCAGGCUCUGCAGGACCUCCGCAAGGAGCAUGAGGAACAGGUCAACCUCUACAAGACUGAACUCGAGCAAACGUUCCAGGCUAAGCUGGAAAAUGCUAAGGUGUCCUCUGACCUCAAUGAUAAGGCAGUGAGCACAGCACGGGAGGAGCUACAGGAGGCUCGUGUCAGGAUUGAGGGGCUGACCUAUCAACUCUCUGCACUCCAGAAACAGGCAGCAGCAGCAGAGGAACGUGUGCGUGAGCUGGAGGACUUGCUGAACAGUGAGCAUGAUAAACACCGCAGAAUAAUGGAUGGCAAGGAACGCGAGAUGGCUGAGAUGAGGGACCGCAUGCAGAUGCAGCUCAAUGAGUAUCAGGAGCUGCUGGAUGUAAAGCUGGCCUUGGAUAUGGAGAUCAACGCCUACAGGAAGCUGCUGGAGGGAGAGGAGGACAGGCUGAAGCUGUCCCCUAGCCCCCCCUCACGGGUCACUGUUUCCCGAAGCGUGGCCGCUAGCAGCAGCUCCUCCCGCUCGUCCCGUGCUAAGAGGAAGCGUGUGGAGGUGGAAGAUGAGACUCCAAGUUUUCAUGUCAGCCAGCAUGCUGAGGCAACAGGCUCAAUCAGUAUUGAGGAGCUUGAUCUUGAGGGCAAGAGUGUCACCCUCAAAAAUAACUCCAAUAAGGAUCAGUCUCUGGGUAGCUGGCGGCUAAAGAGGCAAGUUGGAGAAGGAGAUGAGAUCGCCUACAAAUUCAGCCCCAAGUUUGUUCUUAAAGCAGGACAGACUGUGACAGUGUGGACUGCAGGUGCGGGUGUGUCUCACAGUCCUCCCUCAGACCUACUGUGGAAGAGCCAGAGCAGUUGGGGCAGUGGAGAUGAAACCAUCACCCUGCUAGUCAAUUCAGAUGGAGAGGAGGUGGCAAAGCGAAUGGUCACCAAAAGUGUGGUAGAGAUGGAGAAUGGAGAUGAUGAGAAUGGAGAUUUUGGAAAUGAGGAUCUGUUCCAUCAGCAGGGCGAUCCAAAGGCCCGAUCCAGAGAAUGUGCGGUCAUGUGAGGGAGCUUCAUUCACCACAGUAUUUUCCCUUGAUUGUUCCUUCAAAGCCACUACUUUUUAUAUUCUUCAAUCUACAAAUCCCUAAAAUCGUUCCCUCCCUUCCUGCCAGUGUGUGUCUGGCAUACAGUUUUUAUGGACCUCAUAUUUUAAAGCCAGGUAACCAUGAACUGUACAUCAAAAUUUUUUAAUUGCAGUUUAUCAAUGUCUUUAUUUCUUCAUCUUUUUGAUAAGCAUCAAAUGGAAGUUGGGCAACUUCUGAAUACAUGCCUCACUUCCCCAUAAUAGAGGUCUCCACAAUAUCACAGCAGGAAAUGAUUUAUUAUUAUUUUAAGUAUCGUAGAAGGUAAAAGAGCUGCACGUUGAUGCAGUUGUGUGUGUUGCCAAUUGGUUUGUUAGGUGGGAUGAGAAAUGUUUGGGACGCUUUGCUUUGACUCAUUACGUAGUUUAUUGUACGUUGAAACUGACAGUUGCCGCUUAGCUUGUGUAUUUUUGUUUUCUGCUUCAUCGUACAGAUAAACAGGGUGGAAAAGGAAUGAUGGGAGAUUAAUCAUUUCUGUAAUAAAUCCACAAAACUUUUUUUUUUUGCUUAGAAUGCUAAUGAGAAGUCAUGUGUCACUGAUAAUUGAAAGUGAAUAAUUGAAACUUCGGGCAUUUUAGGAAUCUCCUUAGUCUAAUGGGUACUGGAAUUUUUUUAAAGUUAUUUAUUUUUCUAAAAGUCAUACAACUGGGCCCCUGGCUUCUUUUUUCCUAAGUAUCCUCUGAAAUCAUGCAAACUAAUCCGCUUUUGUGCUGUCCGAUCAAGAAUCUCAGCAGAACCGGGCCUCAGGCUCACUGCUGAUGAGAACAAAUGAAAGAUGUGUGAUGUGUCAGCACAUCACAACUGAGGCUGAUCUGAAGGAUGAAAAAUGUUCAGAAAGUUCUGAACUGCUAUUAAUAUUGAGCUGAAUGUUGAUCAAAACGUCCAGACCAGACAUUUUAAUCUUAAUCAUAAUUCACAAUGAUUUUCAAGCAAAUGUUUACAUAUGGAAUAAAACACAGUAGGGUGUGCUGUUAUGAGAAAAUGAUCAGCCAAAAUUAUCCUGAAUUGAUUAUUUUCAAAAAAAAAAAAACACACCCUGAAUUGUUUUAUUCCUCUUAAACCAAAACCACAAAGUGUAAUCUCAUCUGUCCCAUGGUGGACAACUGUGUUUUAUUUGUUUGUUUGUUUGUUUUUUACAAAGUACACACACUGGAGACUCCUCGUAUAGAUGAGAGAUUAAACACGUUACAGGAAACUUCAUAUUGGUGAUUUACAUGGGUUUUUUUUCCCCCUCUUCGUAAAUCCAUUUAUACUCAGCAAAAAUAAAAACUUGACACUCAUUAUUUUUCAAAUAGUGUUUAGAAACUUUUCUUGAAAGAGUUCUUGUUGUGCAUGUUCUCCCCGUGUCCGCGUGGGUUUCCUCCGGGUGCUCCGGUUUCCCCCACAGUCCAAAGACAUGCAGGUUAGGUUAACUGGUGACUCUAAAUUGACCGUAGGUGUGAAUGUGAGUGUGAAUGGUUGUCUGUGUCUAUGUGUCGGCCCUGUGAUGACCUGGCGACUUGUCCAGGGUGUACCCUGCCUUUCGCCCGUAGUCAGCUGGGAUAGGCUCCAGCUUGCCUGCGACCCUGUAGAACAGGAUAAAGCAGCUAGAGAUGAUAUGAGAUGAGUUCUUGUUGUGAUUAUGGUUAAAUGCAUUGUCAAGGGCAUUACGUCACACAUUCAUUCUACUGGUCGGGCCUACAUAGCACGUGCGAGAGCACUGCACGCUAAAAUCACGUUUCCACGUGACACAAGUGACGUGACUUAUUGAUACACGUGCAAUUGAUCUCACGGUAGCAGAGUAGAGUGUCAUCUCAGAAAAACAAGGUUUUAUGGUUAAUUAUUCGUUAAUUUGCAAUGCCACAACUGUCAAACAUUCAGCAUGAACGUGCCAUUGGCAUGCUGAAUACGGGAACAUCCGUCACUGACGUUGCAAGGGUUAUGGGAUGCAGUCGACAGACCAUCCAUAAUCUCCAGACACGUCUCCAUCAAACUGGCACCACAGCCGACCGUAAGGAACCCUCCACAGAACUUGCAGGAGCUUGGUGCCAUGUUGGUACAAAUAUGGCGGCGCAUUCCCCAAGCUGUGUUCAGACGCAUCAUCCAAUCCAUGAGGAGACGUUGUAUCGCAGUUGUGAACGCCCAUGGAGGACACACCCGAUAUUGACAUGAUUUCAUUAAGUUGUGACUCUCAGUUUUUGAUCAUGGACAUUGUCGUCGCAUUUCCGGUGGAACCGAUUCCAUGACAAACAUGAUCUGUAUGCUAUAGCAUCUUUAAUGACAAGAUAAUUGAAUACAAUCGUUAUUUCAAACCUAUUUUCCAAAAUGUUCAAAUUAUUGACUUUGAAACGAGUGUAAAGUUUUUUUUAUUUUUGUUGAGUAUAUGUGGAGUGUCUGCCAUACGUGUCCCUGUGUAAUUUGUUACCAUAGAAAAUUUAUUCGAACGAAUCAGAACAUGAAUAUAAACGUGUGCUUUGAAUUGCAGCCAGCAUUACCGUCAUUGCUGCUGGAGAAAUAAUUCGACACCAUCUGAGCAAUCUGAUGUAAUCAGAACCCAUGUGGUAUAAUGCAAAACUUGUUUCUCAAGAUGAAGCCUAGCAAGUAGUUUGGCAGCAAUGGUUAGAUUUUUAUUUGUCAAAAUCUAAUUUGUCAAAUUUGCUUAAGGUAUAGUGCAGAUUUUGAGCCACUGCCAAAUAUUGUGAUAUUAAAUGUUAGUACUUUUCCACCCUGUUCAUUCAAAUGCAGCUGUUAUACAUUAUGAUUUGUAAAAGCUCAUCAUGUGUGUCUGUGUGUGUGUGUAUAUACAAAAAAAAUUCAUUAUUGUAAAAUGUUAAAAUGAGGUUUUUCAGACAAUUAGUACACAGUUAAUAUUUUUCUACAGUUUUAAUCACUCGGGUAUGGGGCUGCAAAUAAACCAACCACUCUCAGCACCAGCUUUAGAUUGCUGUUGUGCACUGGCGGUGGUGAGGGAGGCUGAAAUUAGCCUAAUGUCCACCAGCACAAUUUAAAAAAUUGGAUGUGAUUUUAGAAUAUGACAGAAGUUUUGAAGCUGAUUUCUCAGGACAGUUAAAACCCUCCAAAUGAAUCCCCUUGUGCACAGGAGGGAAUCCCGGUGGUGCUGAGGUGGGCUUCAUAUGCAUUUUAAAGCAAGAUGAAUUAUUAAACAUGGGUGUAAAUUAUUAGCUGCAGGUGAUAUCAGAUACAAUCUGUCAUUUUAAUAUUGGCCUGGGAACCUGUUGUUUUAUUAUUAUUAUUAUUAUUAUUAGGCUGCUCAAUGGAGCACUUUGCAUAUUGAACCAUUUUAAUGGGACUUUGGAAGUCAGGUUUACAUUUUUUUUUUUUUUUAAUUUUACAGUGUUUUUUUUUUUUAAUCGAAUCUGUGAUAUUCUCAGUGUCACUGUACGGAUUUCAUUAGGAUGAGUGGACAAGUAUGCAUUUGUUACAGGUCCUCUGAACUAAUAAAAUCAACACGCCUUUUUUUUUUAAACAACACUCCAUCUGUGAAUAGAAAUCUGAGCUUAUUUUUUAGAAUUUAACACUGUUGGCCAGAGUGUGUGGCUUUUUUUUUUUCCUUUCUUCAGGUUUUAAUCGACUUGACUGUGAUGUGUAACAGAUGACAAGCACUUCCUGUGUUUUUUGCGCAGCACUGCAGGAUAUUAAAUACAGUAAUGGUCUACUGUAUCACUGAUCUGAAACAGCAGUGAGGAGCCACAGACUUGUCUGUUAAGUUUGAACCAUUUAAAAUGUGAAAAGAAUGAAAUUUGAAUUGACCAAGGGCAGGGUGGGGGGGAGCAUCUCGAUGAUCUGAGGAAUGAACGCAGACAGCAAGCAGGCCAAAUCUCUCAACUUUUUACUUGUGUGAUUUGUUUUGUAUGCAUAAUACAAUAAAUGUUUUGCAUAGUAUUAUCAGA